AUGCUUUCGAGACGGGUUAGAACUUUCAAGCGGCACUUGAAUACGAACGAUGCGUACAAUGCGUUUAUCUCUAAACCAAGCAGUGUGUCACCUGGUGUGGAUGGUCGCAUACUAUCGCAUCUCACAUACACAUUGAAGGACAACUUCAUGAACUCAGACAGCACUACCUGCGCAUCGAAAUUGCUCUCUAACUUCAAGUCACCGUACUCCGCCACGGCCGCAUCAUUGAUCGACGAAAAUGGAGGGCAAUUCCGGGGUAAAAACAAUAUGGAUGAGUUUGGUAUGGGCUCUUCUAAUACCAACUCUUACUAUGGAGCUGCAACCAAUCCAAAAUACGAGGACGGAGACCGUAUUGCAGGUGGCUCCUCUGGUGGGUCUGCUGCUGCUGUGUCCGCAGGUGUCGUUAACUUCAGCUUGGGGACUGACACUGGAGGCUCGGUUCGGCUCCCUGCGAGCUACUGUGGGGUCAUUGGAUUCAAGCCCAGCUACGGAAGGAUCUCCAGGUGGGGUGUUGUGGCCUAUGCCCAAUCCUUGGAUACCGUAGGCAUUCUUGCUAGAGACAUGGAUACAGUAGAAAAAGUGUAUGGAGUUUUGAAUCGACAUGACGAAAAGGACCCAACCUCGCUACCUGCUGGUAUCAGGGAUAUGCUCCAGAGUGUAGAAGAGGCUGUAGACCCUGGUGCUGGCGAAGGGCUUACGAUAGGUAUCCCGCAGGAAUUUCUAGUGAAGGAGCUCUCGCCGCAGAAUAGAGAGUGCUGGCUCAAUGCGGUGGAAAGGCUUCAGGACAUGGGACAUACGAUCAAAAGGAUUUCUAUUCCUUCCAUAAAGAGCCUGUUGCUGGCCUACUAUACGAUAGCCACUGCAGAAGCUGCCUCCAACUUGUCGCGGUACGAUGGGUUGAGAUACGGGUUUUCACAAGAAGCACCUGAGGACGUCGACUUAGACACUGUUUCCGCUCUAAUUGCAAAGAAUAGGUCCUUGGGUUUCGGACCAGAGGUCCAAAAGAGAAUCCUACUAGGUAACUAUACACUUUCAUCUGAUUCUGGAAAUCACUAUUUGAAAGCUACACAGGUUAGAAAGCAAUUGGUGCACGAGUUUAAUGGUAUUUUCAAGUCUCCUAACUUCUUGACUAACAGUUUGGAUGCUCAAGAAGAUGGCUGUGAUGUCUUGAUAUCUCCAACAUCCGUUGGGGAUACUCCCACAAUAGAGGAAUUCUUAAGGAACGACGCAGACAAUUUCUUGAACAGUUACGCCAACGACUUGCUAACCAUUCCAGCAUCUUUGGCCGGAUUGCCAGCGAUAUCGAUACCGUGGGGCAACCAGAGUAUCCAGAUAAUGUCGCAGUUUGGUAAUGAACAUAUAUUAUUUAGAGCAAGUAGAUAUUUGCUCAACUGA